CUCCAUGUUUGGGCUGUGGGAGGGGGCAGCAGCGGGCCUGGGGGGGCCCAGGACUACUUAAGAGCCGGACCGGUUGGCGUGUGGCACACCAUCACCAAGUGGCCAAACACACCGCCCCGGCUCGGCACUGUCAGGUGAUUGUCUCCUGGGAGAUUGAGGAAGAAGGAACCCUGCGUUGAAGAUGUGUGACGACGAAGAGAGCACCGCACUCGUGUGUGACAAUGGCUCCGGUCUGUGCAAGGCAGGCUUCGCCGGGGACGACGCCCCCCGAGCCGUCUUCCCCUCCAUCGUGGGCCGUCCCAGACACCAGGGUGUGAUGGUCGGCAUGGGGCAGAAGGACAGCUACGUAGGUGACGAGGCCCAGAGCAAGAGGGGUAUCCUGACGCUGAAGUACCCCAUCGAGCACGGCAUCAUCACAAACUGGGACGACAUGGAGAAGAUUUGGCAUCAUUCCUUCUACAACGAGCUCCGUGUGGCCCCCGAGGAGCACCCCACCCUGCUAACUGAGGCCCCCCUGAACCCCAAAGCCAACAGGGAGAAGAUGACCCAGAUCAUGUUUGAGACCUUCAACGUACCAGCCAUGUAUGUAGCUAUCCAAGCUGUGCUGUCCCUUUACGCCUCUGGCCGCACAACAGGAAUUGUCCUUGACUCUGGUGAUGGUGUCACCCACAACGUGCCCAUUUACGAGGGCUAUGCCCUUCCCCAUGCCAUCAUGCGCUUGGACCUGGCUGGCCGUGAUCUCACCGACUACCUCAUGAAGAUCCUGACUGAACGUGGCUACUCAUUUGUGACCACUGCGGAGAGAGAAAUUGUCCGUGACAUCAAGGAGAAGCUGUGCUACGUGGCUCUGGACUUUGAGAACGAGAUGGCCACCGCUGCCACCUCCUCCUCCCUGGAGAAGAGCUACGAGCUCCCUGACGGACAGGUCAUCACCAUUGGCAACGAGAGGUUCCGCUGCCCCGAGACCCUCUUCCAGCCUUCCUUCAUUGGUAUGGAGUCUGCUGGUAUCCAUGAAACCACUUACAACAGCAUCAUGAAGUGCGACAUUGACAUCCGUAAGGACCUGUACGCCAACAACGUCCUGUCUGGCGGUACCACCAUGUACCCUGGUAUUGCUGACCGCAUGCAGAAAGAGAUUACCGCUCUGGCCCCCAGCACCAUGAAAAUCAAGAUCAUCGCCCCACCUGAGCGCAAGUACUCCGUCUGGAUUGGUGGCUCCAUCCUGGCCUCCCUCUCCACCUUCCAGCAGAUGUGGAUCAGCAAACAGGAGUACGACGAAGCCGGCCCCUCUAUCGUGCAUCGCAAGUGCUUCUAAACGCACCCAGAACCCCUCGUCCCCUUCCCCCACCUGUCCCUACUCCUGCCCCAACCACCGCAUCUUUCCUUCUGCCCCCCCCCCCCACCCCUCCACCAUCUCUACAGUCUUGCCUGUAAACUGUGAACGCAUAGAGUCCCCCCUCCCCCUCCCCUUCCCCUCGCCCCGCCCUUCUCCUUCUGUGUCCUCUUUGCACUGCCCUCACCUGUGUGAAUGUGUUUUUUCUCUCUCUCAUUUUGAUGUUCUUAUUUUGUUGUUGUUUUGGACGAAUAAAACAAACAAAAGCUUGAAGGUGCUGCCGAUAUGAAAUUGUUGGGGGAUUUCUUUCCUGUGCGGGCACGUAGGCAUGAUAAGACUCCAGAGUUACAGAGGGCUGGCGGGAGGUGGGCGGGAGGCGGGCGGGUGGAACACGGUUCACCUGAGAGGGCCUUCAUGGCGGUUGGUUCUGGUUCAGAACCUAAAUCUGGUCCGGUUCUGGUCAACUGUGUUCCGGGUUAGGGUUAGCAGUUGCUGUUACAGUACCGACUCUACUGUACUCAAUCCUAAAAGGGGUUCUACUCAUGAGCUCCCUCUGGUGGUCCACCACCGCCACUGCACCCCUGCCGCUUUCUCUGAACGUGAGGUUAAAGUCUUGCUUGUGCUCUUUCACUACUGUAUGCUUCCAAGUGUGGAAAGGCAGUUCUGUGAGGAUAUUAUCAUUCUGAUUGCCCCAGGGGAAAAAAAUUAUAAUAAAAGCUCUGCAAAAAAAAAAA